AUGAAAGUUUAAAUUUUUCUAGCAAUAUGUGAUAUUUGACAUGGAAUAGAAUUUCUCAGUUUCCUCAAGCAUCAAUCUCUUAUGGAUACAUCUUAUUUAUUUAUUUAUAUAUUUUGCCUUAUAUUUAUAUUUUAUAUAUUUUCUUCCAGACAAGAGGAUUUUCCAAUACAUGGAAGGUUAGCUAUAAUUCGGCCAUCGAAUGCAUACCACCGAUCGUAACUAUCUAUCUCUCCAUAGCGACGUAUUGUAACAUAUUUUUUAAUGCAGGGAAGCUUACGUUUAUACAACAUUAUUCGCGUACAUACUGUUGCCAACGGUAACAUUGGUAAUUGUAUCUUCGAAUCAUUCUGAGUUUAAAACCUUCCCAGUCGUUGUCGAUUUCGGUGUAGACCUGCAACAAUAUUAUUAUCAUUUGUUCAUACCUGCUUACAUGUCAAUGUUCAUGGUUGUCAAUGUAAUUGCUUCUUGCGAUGCCACAUACAUGGUGUAUGUACAACAUGUCUAUGGUUUAUUAGCGAUUGUGAGUUACAAACUAAGAACUUUGCUCAUUUUGGAUACAAAUAAUGUGAUAGACUCAAAGAAUAACUGUUCGGUCAAAAGGUACAACGACAUUGAAUUAUCAUUGGUACACGAAGAGAUAAUUUUCAGGAAACUAGUGCUUUGCAUAAAAGAACAUCAAAAUGCAAUAAAACUGUUAUGAAUUUGGGUAUCAAUACAAGCAACAUGACGCGAUUUGGAGCACUUACAUUGGCACAGGCUAUACGCAUAUUUAUUCUUUGCCUUCCUGGACAAAGACUACUGAAUCACAGUGAAGAAGUAUAUACCGCGGCCUGCGAGGUAAUGUGGUGUAUAUUGCCCAAAAAAUGUCUUAAUUUAUAUAACAUCGUACUCGCAAGGAGUAUGGUAUUGAAUAAAAUAACAGCUUUCAAAGUAGCUAUCAUGUCAAUGGAAACAUUUCAAGCGAUUAUUCAAACCGCUAUGAGUUACUUCACUGUAUUAUUAUCAACUACAUGAAUUGAAAAUUGAACGUAUCUUAAUUCUAAUAUAUUUAGUUACAUUAGAUAUUGUAAUGAAAUAAUGACUUUUACUGUAUUAUACUAUAGUACUCAGGUAAAAAGAAAUAUACUUAGAGAUGGAUAAAUAUAUUUAUAUCAAUG